CAGACGGAGCUGGAGCGGCGGGGCGGCGGCGGAGUCGGGUGGCCGAGAUAGCGAGUGAGCGAGCGAACGAGCAGCGACCCGGGGGUCUAGGGAGUGAGAAAGAGAAGGAGGGGAGCGCUUGGGCGCGAGCGAGAGAAACCGCGAGCGCUGGGCUUGGGCUCGAGCCCCGGAACGGCUGAGGAGCCCGCCUGUUUCCCUCCCCUCCCCCUCCCCGGGACCGGGCCCAGCGCGCCAUCCUCCCCCUCCCUCCUUCCCUCCCUCCCUCCUUCCUCCCUUCCCUCUCCCUCCCCCCCCCCCCCGCCGGUGGAUGGGAGUGAAGGACGGAAGAGGCCCUGCGGAAGCGGCGGUGCAGCGCUCCGGUGGAAUGAACCUUACUUGUUGAAUAUCUUCUGGUUACUGGUUGGAUUCACUGAUCAAAGAAUCAUUUUUUCCUGCUGUGGAAGCUACUUAGUGGCAUAUUUAAUUACAAAUACAGGGAUCAUAAAGCAUUUUGAUUUCCCAAAGGAGGGAGAUACCACUAUAUCACAUAAGCUUGACAUACAGCCAAAAUGGUGCUGUCCCAGAGACAACGAGAUGAACUAAACCGAGCUAUAGCAGAUUAUCUUCGUUCAAAUGGCUAUGAAGAGGCAUAUUCAGUUUUUAAAAAGGAAGCUGAAUUAGAUAUGAAUGAAGAAUUAGAUAAGAAGUAUGCUGGUCUUUUGGAAAAAAAAUGGACAUCUGUUAUUAGAUUACAAAAGAAGGUUAUGGAGUUAGAAUCAAAGUUAAAUGAAGCAAAAGAAGAAUUUACGUCGGGUGGUCCUCUUGGUCAGAAACGAGACCCAAAAGAAUGGAUUCCCCGUCCACCAGAAAAAUAUGCGCUGAGUGGUCAUAGGAGUCCAGUCACUCGAGUCAUUUUCCAUCCUGUGUUCAGUGUUAUGGUCUCUGCUUCAGAGGAUGCUACAAUUAAGGUGUGGGAUUAUGAGACUGGAGAUUUUGAACGAACUCUUAAGGGGCAUACAGACUCUGUACAGGAUAUUUCAUUUGAUCACAAUGGCAAGCUUCUGGCUUCCUGUUCUGCAGAUAUGACCAUUAAACUAUGGGAUUUUCAGGGUUUUGAAUGCAUCAGAACCAUGCAUGGCCAUGACCACAAUGUUUCUUCAGUAGCCAUCAUGCCCAAUGGAGAUCAUAUAGUGUCUGCCUCGAGGGAUAAAACUAUAAAAAUGUGGGAAGUGCAAACUGGCUACUGUGUGAAGACAUUCACAGGACAUAGAGAAUGGGUACGUAUGGUACGACCAAAUCAGGAUGGCACCCUGAUAGCCAGCUGUUCCAAUGACCAGACGGUGCGUGUAUGGGUGGUAGCAACAAAAGAAUGCAAAGCUGAGCUCCGAGAACACGAGCAUGUGGUAGAAUGCAUUUCCUGGGCUCCAGAAAGCUCAUAUUCUUCCAUCUCUGAAGCAACAGGAUCUGAGACUAAAAAAAGUGGCAAACCUGGGCCAUUUUUGCUGUCUGGAUCCAGAGACAAGACAAUUAAGAUGUGGGACGUCAGUACUGGCAUGUGCCUUAUGACCCUUGUGGGUCAUGAUAACUGGGUACGUGGAGUUCUGUUCCAUUCUGGGGGGAAGUUUAUUUUGAGUUGCGCUGAUGACAAGACCCUACGUGUGUGGGAUUACAAGAACAAGCGAUGCAUGAAGACCCUCAAUGCGCACGAACACUUUGUUACCUCCUUGGAUUUCCAUAAGACGGCACCAUAUGUGGUUACUGGCAGUGUAGAUCAAACAUUAAAGGUGUGGGAGUGCCGUUGAUUGAGUCUCAUUUGGCCCCUCCUCCCUUUUUUCCUCUGGAUGCACUCCGAUGAUACCAUGGUUACCCCCAUUGAGCUCUGUUUAAAUAAAUAUUGUCCUUUCAUGUAAAUUAUUCUGGAUGUAGAUUGAGCUUAUUAAAUGUUACACACAAAGUAUUCAUGCAUGGUGAAUCCAAAUUGUAUACUGUAAAUUUACAUACGUUGUCUAGAAGUACCAUAGGGUUUAAAAACCUGGGCUGGCAUUGGUCACACCAGGCCUAAGAAGGCAGAAGUUGAAUCAAUUCAAUUGAACUAGGGCACUAAACUGAAUAUAGUUAACAGUGUCAUUUUACGUUGGAUUAUUAAUUCCUGUUUUUCUUUCUGCUAUCUGUUGGUGCCUGACUUGAUGGCCUCAUUUGGGGAAAAGUGAUGGUUUUUAGGGCUUUUUCUGAAAUGUGUAUCUAUGUAACAUCACUUAAGUGUGCUUAAUAAAUCUUCUUUAAGGGUGUUAGAUAACAAGGCUACAAUUCAAAAUCUUCUCAUCCAUCUGUGUAAUUAAUCGGAAUUACACAUUGGAAUUUUUGUCAUGACAACAUUUGCCAAACCAAUAGGAUACGUUUGUUUUGGCAACCUAUCAGGCAAAGGCUAGUGAUCAAUUUAUGUAAGAAAAUGACUGUAAAUCUCAAGAAAAAUCUCCGCAGUUAAUAUCAAAUUGUUUAUUUCAUUUGGGUCUCAAUGCUUUGUAAACAGGUUACAAACACUGUAAUACUCUUAAGCUUCUAUUUCCACACUAGGCAUACUUGCAGCUGUAUUCUCCAAACUAUUAGACUGUGUAGUGAUGUGAUUUCCAAGUAGAAUUUAAUCUCCCCAUUGAGUGUCAUGGUAUAAAUCACUGUUUUUGAUGUUUUUUAGGGAUGUGCAAUGUGCAUUACAUAAUGACAGAAAACUAUCGAAAAAGUUAUGUUUGUCCAUUUUAAUGGAGUGAGAGAAAUAUGGCAGUUUGUUUUUCAACAUGAAUCUGAUAUGAGUUUGAACUGUGUUUAACUUACUCUCUUAAAAAUUUUACAGGGUUUAAUGGAGUGUGCAUAAAAGUGUACUGUUUUCACAUUUCUUUUAUAUACAAAUGUUUAUAGGUAUAUGGGCCUAUCUAUAAGUGGAUAAGUCUGUAUAUGUAUAUCACACACAUACAACCUCCAUAACUUGCGUCCUGGGUUUUUGAAGAAGUGCUAAAAUAUAAUUAGAAUAAAUCUUGCUAUGGAAUACCAUGCUUUAGAACAAACCCUUUUUUGUCCGAAUGUUUCUGAAGACUCAGUCUGUGGGAAUUGCUCCCAACUUUUAAAAGAAAAUCACUUCUCUUAUUUUCCCCCCAAUUUGGCCAUUCAGCAUUUUAUACAUCCCUGUUAUUGUGUAUAUUUUGAUCUAGAGUUAAUACAAGUAGGUUACAGUAUUCCAUUGCAGAUUAUUAAUAAAGAACUCCAUUGCUUAGCUAACCAAGUUUUUUUUUAAAAGAAAGUCAUUUGGAAAGUUAACAGAACAAUGAAAUAACGACAGUUUAAAAAUAAGUUUAUUCUGCAUUGCAUUUUAUUCAUUUGUGUAAUAUGUGAUUUUUUAAAUGCCCCUUUUAAUAUUUAAUGGAAAUUUGGUUCCUGAGGAGGACAAAGGGUGAGAGUUAACGUCCUGUAGAUUACACUCACAAGGAGAAUAGGCCAUAUAUUUACUAGGCACAGCUUUAUGUCCAGCUUGUGGUUUUUUGUUUGCUUUUAAAUAAUUCCCGAGAAAUGUCUCUGGAAGGGAAAGUAUUUUGAGAACUAACGGCUAAUUUUGAGGACAAAAAUUACAACUUAAGCUAAUUACUUAAAUAUAGUAGAGUAGCAUUCAGGACAAUAUUGCCUCAGAACCCGGCUUUAUAUUGAAGAGUCUUCCCCCCACCCCCACCCCCCUUAGCUGUUCUGACUGGAUUUUUCUACAAAAGCUAUGGAAAAUAUCUUUGUUCUUGUUUGCUGCUAUUUCCUGUCCUAUUUUGAGAAAUAUAAAUACAUAGAAAUGGUGCAUCUUAACAUUUGUUUGUACAUGUAUAAAUGUCUUGUAUUUUAAUUCAUUUUUAGCAUGUAGCAACACAAAUUGUUUAAGGGUAAGCCACAACAUCUAAAAAUCAUUCAUAGAUAUGAACAAUAAAGGAAAAAAAUGGUACCGAUUUAGGAGGAAACAAAGCUGCUGUCCGCUGGGUUUCUUCCCCUGCAGCAUAACAGUGACUUUCAUUGACAAAGGAGGAGAAACAAUAUUACUCUGUAAGCAAAGUUGUCCUUACUUGGGAGAUUGCCACAGCCUGCUGCUUACUUGCGUUACCAGACAUCCUCCAUUUAAGAAGCAGCGAACAUUGAAUCUCAGGGAUGGUCCUCAACUGGAUCCAAAUGUCACAAGCCCUGUUUGAAUAAUGAAAGGGGGUGGGGGAGAACCAUCCAUCCACAAUCUGGAAUCAGAUUUGCAAAGCUUUUCUGCUCUGUUGUUUGACACUGCCCUGUUGAUGCCCUUUCUUACUCUGUUUUCUCUGUCUGCUGUCUAACCCUGUGCCUUGCCUGGGAUAAGUUUAAGUACAAUGAUGAGGUUACUGGUUUGGAUUGUAAGUAGAGGACUUUAUUGGUUUAGAGGUUCACUGCUGCUUUGUCACUUUCUUAAUCAAAUUGGCCGUUUAUUUAAGAAAUAAAAAGCUGGCAGAACUGCAUCCUCAGAUGAUUAUUGACUUUUUUUGUGUGUGCAAACAGACAUUCCAGUGCCACCCUAAUAUAAUGUGCCCAAGAAGUCCUAACUGCACCCUUGAAAGUGCAAGCCACAGAAAGUGUGGGCUGGUCAUCACUUGGAGAAGAGUUGCCAUUUUACAUGGCAUCUUGCACUUUAGGAGAUUAAGACCGUCCUGUUACGUCUCUGUGUGGUGUGACCAAUGGCAUGCCCAGAGCACUGCUCAAAAUCACUAGUGUUAGCAGUCGUCCUGGGCUGUGGAGCACUUGCUGGAGUCUUUGGAAGCUUUGGCUCUAGGUUCAUCCAGCCCUGUCUCCUUCCUGUCAGUGCCCUGCUCUCCUGUUGGCCUCUUUCUGUUCCUAUGUGAAUUUCCAGGUAAUAUCACUUGUUAAAUAGUUUUUUAUUAUUAUUUUUUAAAAAACUAUUUAAAAGUAAAGGAUAUUUUGUUUCAUUGACAGUGGUGGCUUGAUAAUCCUUAAGCAGCUGAAGUUAAGAAAUAUAUCUUGUUGAAAGAAAAUGGUACAAUGGUUACAUUUUCUGUCCAGCUGUAUAUAAGUCCAAUGUGUUAAUUAAUCUAGAUGAGGCAAAGAAGAAUCUCCUGGUAGAGAAGUGACAUGUACAAAAUUGGAGACAAGGGUUUUGUUUUUUUGUGUGUUUUUUUUUUUUUCCAGUGGGGUGGGGGGAGGGCAAGAUGGAUUUACAAGUCGCGACUGGACUGAACUGGCCUUUUUAUCUUUCCACUAUAUCAUGUAAGUAGCUGCUUUCUUGUCCUGCCUAUCCUUCAGGCAUCCCUAAAGUUCACUCUGAAGAUGUUAGAAACAGACACAAAAUCUUCGAGUUAGAAGUUGAUCCCGACACUGACGUGAAGGCAAGCAUUGAUUUCGUAUGAAUGUUGUGGAGGUGGUAAUUAGAGAAAACAGUUCCCCAGAUUGUAAGAGUUAACUGAAGAUAUUGACACAAUUUUAAAAAAUCAGUAAAGGAAUGUAUAUAAUAUUGCUCUUGUGUUUUACAGUAAGAUUUGUUGCUCUCAGACUGUGUAAAACAAAAUUUAUUCAUGUUUUCUGCAUAUUAAAAAAUCUUAUUGUACCAAUUGGUAAACUAUUAAAUGCCUAUAAAACUA